CUUCAAUAUCACAUUUAUCAAACGAGGGAAUUGUUAUUACUUUGAUCAUAUAUCUACUAUUUAAAAAAGAAAAAAAAAGAGCCUUAUAAACUGCCAAGUGUCGCUCUACGGAAGGGAACGGGAUUGUAAUAUCUGAACCGGCGAUGGGUUUGGAGCCAAAGAAGGCAGAGAGAAAAUGGCGAACGCAAUUCGGUUUUUUGAGUUGAACACCGGCGCCAAGAUGCCUUCUUUAGGCUUAGGCACUUAUCGCUCCGACACUCAUCUCGUGGGCGACGUCCUCACCUCUGCAAUUAAGAUUGGAUAUCGUCAUGUUGACUGUGCCCAAAUGUAUGGCAAUGAGAAGGAGAUUGGUGAUGCUUUGAAGAAGCUAUGUAAUGAUGGGAUAGUGAAGCGUGAGGAAUUAUGGGUCACUUCCAAACUCUGGUGUACUGAUCAUGAACCAGAAGAUGUACCGAAGGCAUUUGAUAAAACUUUGCAAGAUUUGCAACUUGACUAUCUGGAUCUUUAUCUUAUGCAUUGGCCAGUCAGCAUGAAAAAGGGGUCAGUUGGCUCUGAUCCUGAAAAAUUUACCACACCUAACAUACCCAGUACAUGGAAAGCAAUGGAGGCACUGUAUGAUUCAGGCAAGGCCAGGGCAAUUGGAGUCAGCAAUUUCUCAUCAAAGAAGCUUGGAGAACUGUUAGAGGUGGCACGAAUACAUCCAGCAGUUAAUCAAGUUGAGUUGCACCCUCAAUGGCAGCAAGCUAAGCUGCAUUCUUUCUGUAAAUCUAAGGGAAUCCACUUAACUGGAUAUGCACCAUUGGGAAGGCAAAAGGUGCUUGAACAUUCUAUUGUGAAUAUGGUGGCAGAAAAAUUGGGCAAGACUCCUGCACAAGUAGUUCUUCGGUGGGGGAUGCAAAUGGGUCACAGUGUAGUGCCUAAAAGCACAAAUCAGAUGAGGAUUCAGGAAAAUUUUAAUAUUUUUGAUUGGUCUAUACCUGAUAACUUGUUUGCCAAGUUUUCUGAAAUUGAGCAGGAGAGGCUGCUUAAAGGUACUGCAUUCGUCCACAAGACUCACGGUUUUUACAAGACCAUUGAGGAACUCUGGGAUGGAGAGUAGUGAGCAUACCGUGGAUGUUAGAAAACAUUUGGCUCUUCUUUAUGCCUUCU